GGGGGCGGGACGAAGAGGGAGCCCGAGGCUUCGGGGACGGGCGUGGAGGUGGCGACGGCUUCACGCGAAGGCGGAGGCUCUCCUAAGUCGGUGGCGGCGGCGGCGGCGGCGGCAGCGAUGGCGAUGGCGGGCGGCUGCGAGGGCGGUGAGGACUACCAGGCGUUCGUGGCACUGCACGGGCCGGCGCUGCGAGCCUCCGCCGUCCCCGAGCGCUACUGGGGCCGCCUCCUGCACAAGCUGCACCGCGAGAUAUUCGAUGCUGGCGAGAUGUUUGGAAUCAUGCAAGUGGAGGAAGUUGAGGAAGGUGAAGAAGGUGAUGAAGAAAUGCAAGAAGAAUUGAAAAAGAAACCCAAUCCAGGAAACGAACUCUGUUACAAAGUUAUCGUGACCAAUGAAAACGGCCUACAAGCAAACGAUCCCAACAGCAUAUUUCUCAUUGACCAUGCCUGGACAUACCACAUAGAACAUGCCCGCCAACAGCUGCGCCAGGUUCCAGGGCUGCUACACCGAAUGGCCAACUUGAUGGGGAUUGAAUUUCAUGGGGAAAUUCCAGACGAGGGCUCUGUGGAGCUUGUUCUGGAAGAAAUGUGGAAGUACAACCAGACUUACCAGCUCUCCCAAGGGACUGCAGAGGAAAAGGUUCCGGUGUGGUACAUCAUGGACGAAUUUGGAUCUAGAAUUCAGCACUCGGACAACCCAAGCUUUGCAACGGCCCCCUUAUUCUAUAUGCCUCAGCAGAUCGCUUACACGCUUCUGUGGCCCCUGAGAGAUCUUGAAACAGGUGAGGAGGUGACCCGGGACUUUGCCUACGGGGAAAUGGACCAGCUCAUCCGGAAGUGUGUGUUGUUGCCCUGGGUUCCUGCAGACAUGCUGGACAUCAGUUCCUCCACCCCUGAGCCAUCAGAGGAACACUAUCAGGCCAUUUUAGAGGAGAACAAGGAGAAACUUCCUGUAAAGAUAAGUCCGCCAGCUUAUCCCAAAGAUCAUAUAUUCAGGGUUUACACGGACCUCCAGCAGGUGCUCAACAACCUCAGCCAUCCCCGGUUUCAGUUCACCACCGUAGAGGCCGAGGCCGACAUCCUGUACAACUUCUCCCAUUUCAAAGACUACAGGAAGCUGAGCGAAGAAAGACCUCGCGUGAUGCUCAACCAGUUCCCUUGUGAGAGCCUCCUGACGGUCAAGGACUGCCUCGCCUCCAUCUCCAGGCGCGUGGGGGGGCCUGACGGGCCCCGCUGGCUGCCCAGGACCUUCAACCUCCGCACGGAGCUGCCCCAGUUCAUCAGCUACUUCCAGCAACGAGAAAGGAGGGGAGAAGACAACCACUGGAUAUGCAAACCCUGGAACUUGGCUCGGAGCCUGGACAUCCACGUCACCCACAGCCUCCACAAUAUCAUCCGGCUGCGCGAGAGCUCCCCAAAGGUGGUCUCUAAGUACAUCGAGAGCCCCGUCUUGUUCCACCGAGAGGACGUGGGGCUGGUCAAGUUUGACAUCCGCUACAUCGUGCUGCUGCGCUCCGUCGAGCCCCUCCGGCUCUACAUCUACGACGUGUUCUGGCUGCGAUUCUCCAAUCGGCCUUUUGCGCUCAAUGACUUGGAUGACUAUGAAAAGCACUUCACAGUGAUGAACUACGACCCGGAUGUGCCUCUGAAGCAGGUUCACUACAACGAGUUCAUCCCGCUGUUCGAGAAGCAGUACCCGGAAUACCCGUGGGAUAGCGUGCAGAUUGAGAUCUUCAAAGCGUUCCAUGAGCUGUUCCAGGCGGCCACUGCCAAGCCCGCGCCGCUGGGCAUCUGCGACUACCCGGCGUCGAGGGCCGUGUAUGCCAUCGACCUCAUGCUGAAGUGGGACCACCUUCCUCCUCCUCACAGGAAGAAGGUCAUGCAGCCCCAGAUCCUGGAGGUGAACUUCAACCCCGACUGCGAGCGGGCCUGCAAGUACCACCCGAGCUUCUUCAACGACAUCUUCUGCACCCUGUUCCUGGACGAGACAAAGAAUUGUCACGUGACUGGCCUCGUCUAGGGGGGCUUCCCCUUGGGCUUUCUUUCUGACGUGUCCGGCAGCAGCCUCUCCCUGUCCUCCGAGCCGCUGCUCUGCCACGCGUCGUCCCUCGGGCAGAGAAGAGAGCCGAGCCUGACGGGGCAGCCUCUGACUGCCACGGCUCGGCCCGGCCCGGCCCAGAGUGCUCUGUGGCUCUCUGGCUCUGAUUUUCUCUCUCUGUCUCUCUGUCUGUCUCUCU